UCGUCACUCUCGCUGGCCAUCUUCGGAUGACGAAGAUGGCACCCGAAGGUGAAUUCCCCAGCGCAUUACACAAUAUAAUAUUACCCUAUCAGAAAUAAAAAAGAGCAAUGGCCAAAUGGGCGUCGUCUUCCGCGUGCGCGCGGUUGACCUUCGUAGGUCUACAGAUGAGGUUGAUCUCUUUCCCUUCGCCGUCGAGAAAGAUGGAUGGUUCCACAGGAUCAUCCCUAUAUAUAUAUUUAUGAAGGGAGCUGAGAGGAUGGGUUCUCCGAGUGGUCUCGAGGAUGGAAACCUUGGCGAGGGAGGGGAAGGAACCAGCGGGGUUGGCCUCUCCUCUCUGAUCUUUCUCGGGACCGGUUGCUCUAACACGGUCCCCAACGCCAGGUGCUUGAUCCAGCCUUCUGAUCCUCCUUGUGCCGUCUGCACCCAGUCCCUCUAUGUGCACCCCGAGAAGAACCCUAACUACAGGUGCAACACUUCUCUUUUGAUUGAUUAUUGUCAAGAUGAUGGUGUACACAGAUAUAUUAUUAUUGAUGUUGGAAAGACCUUCAGGGAACAAGUUUUGCGGUGGUUUACUCACCACAAAAUUCCUCAAGUAGAUUCUAUUAUUCUAACUCAUGAACAUGCAGAUGCAAUUUUUGGUCUUGAUGAUGUUCGGAUUGUACAAUCAUUUAUUCCAUUUAGUCCUCCAAAUGAUAUUGAUCCAACACCUAUUUAUGCUACAAAAUUUACAAUGGACAGCAUUGCUAUAAAAUUUCCAUAUUUAAUGAAUAAAAUGUGGAAAGAAGGUCAAGAGGUGACGCCAAUUGCUCAGCUUGACUGGAAAGUAAUUGAAAGUGACCCUGAUAUAACAUUUAUGGCAUCAGGCCUAGAGUUUGUUCCUUUGCCAGUAUUGCAUGGUGAGGACUAUGUUUCUUUAGGUUUCCUUUUUGGGCAACAGUCAAGAGUUGCAUAUAUAUCUGAUGUUUCACGUUUCCCUGAUAGCACUGAGAAUCUUAUUUCUAAAUCUGGAGGACAGCUGGAUCUUCUGAUCAUAGACACUAAUUCACUACACAAGUCUCUUGAUGCUGUGAAGAGAAUUUGCCCCAAGCAGGCUCUGCUAAUUGGAAUGACACAUGACUAUGAUCAUCACAAGCUUAACGUGUUACUUGCAGAAUGGACCAUGCGAGAAGGAAUCCCAGUGCAGCUUGCUUAUGAUGGUUUACGAGUGUUCAUUGAUUUGUAAUUAGGUACGAUCCCUAAAUCAUGGAAUCUUUUCUCUUAAACAAUGGUGAAUGUUUAUUUGUCAGGCUUAGCACUAUUUUUACUUGAGGAUGCAACGUCUCCAAAUGCUGAACCUGCUACUUGCUUGCUCUUCUAAUGAACAUGUGGUACAGAAAUGCUUAAUAUCUCUUGAAAUUGUAAGCACCUUAUUUGUUCUGUGGGUUCUUGAGAUUGCCAAUAUCAAUAAAAUCUCGUAGGUUUCCAAAUAAGAA